GUUGGUUAACAACAUCUUUGAAGAAAGAAGAAAGAGAAGAAGACUACUACAAGGGGCGUCCAAGCUACUGCCAGUAUGUCAUCCCAUGAGAACAUCAUGGAAGAGGGGAAAUGGACAUUCAGUGCAGGAGAGCAGUGAAGUGAAGGAAACCGGCUGACCAGAAAACAGUGAAACCAUCGAUAUGAAUGGGCCAAGCGAUGGAGGGAAGAGCCAGGCAGAGCAGCCACCCCUGCCGCUACCGGAGCUGAGGGUGAGCAUGAGGGUGCUGGGCAGGAGGAAGACCAAGACCUGGCAUGAGGGCACCCUCACCGAGAUCAGAGACAAAGAUGGCUGUUCCAGGUACAAGGUGGAUUUCGGGGAAGAGGGCAGCAUGCUGCUGCCUGGACAACACGUCGCGCUCUUGGGUCCGACGUCCAUCAAGCAUCUCAAGAUGGGCACUCGCGUGGCUGCCAGCGUACAGGAAAGGGACCAGCAGCCAGAGAUACUCUCUGGCACUCUGGCCGAAUUACCUGACCGCAAGAACCGUGCGAGGUUCCUCUUGUUCUUGGAUGACGGAAAAGUGCGUUACGUCGGACUGCAGGCUAUUCACCUCGUUUAUAAGCCAUCAGAGAAUGUCGGGGAGGACAUAGAGGACGAGGCUAUGCGGGAGUUUGUGCUGUCGACUCUCCUCCAAGGCAAGCUGCCCACCAUCCGCUUGAUGUAUAAGCAAGGGGAGUCGCUGAAGGUGGAGCGCGACGAGGAGUGGGCGGAGGCCACCAUCACAGAGGUCGACUGCAGCCUGGUCAAGGUCAAGUUCAAGAAUGAUGGCUACUCGGAAUGGAUGCACAAAGGUUCUGAGCGCUUGCACUACGUCUUCAGAAGUAAACAACAGACAUCUGGAACAGACAAAGACAAACAGAAAGGCGACGACACCAUGGAGAAAAAGCAGAGGGAGAGGGAGAAGGAGAAGGAGAAGAAGGAGAGGGAAGAAUUUGAUAAGUGGCUCGAAUCAGUAGCAAUGGCCAACAGCGACGUCAGACAGCGCCAAGCGGCCAUCGAGGAUCUGGAGGCGAAGAUACAAAAGAGAGAGGAUUGUUUUUAUAUUAACAUCAACCGUACUUCCAAGUCCUUGUUGGAGUGUGAAUCGGUAAUCAAGGGUUUUUACAACCAGCUUGACAUGGAUUACCGGGACACUGAUUCUGAAGAUGAAGACUUGGGAAAACAGCAGCGGGAUAGUGCCAUUCCGCUAGACGUGGAGGAUGAGGAUGAGGAGGACAAUGGCAACUAUCGCCUGGACAAUAAUGAAGACAUGGAUAUCGAUGAACCCAGCACCUCAAGUCUACCUCAUGCAAAACUGAGCCAUGGUGAAACGGUACAGCCCACGUCAAAAGAAUUGUCAGGAGAAUCGUCAAGGUCUGACAAGGCGAGGUCGCGACUUCGGAAACCAAAGCCGAGCACCCCAACAGCCCCGACGCCUGAAACGCUGCCUUACGGCGAGGUCCCCAGCCCUUCCCUGCCCACCGCACCAAGCGCCCCAUUGGACAAACGCACUUCUCCUUCGGAAGCCUCGAAGCCCCCCGAUCCUCAUGUCAUCACUAAGCUGAAGAACUUUCUCCAAAAGCCAAACAGUCCUCAGUCAUCACCUGCGCGAAAGUCUGCCGGCCGUGGCGCUAGCAAGUCCAGUAAAGUUUCAACGCCUAGCUCCAAAGCUAAAAAGACUGCCUCCACUCCUGCCAGCACGUCACCAAGCUCUACCCCCAAGGACUCCAAUAAAACUAGUCUCAACAAAACUAGCUCCAGCAGUACGCCCAAGACACAGAAGUCCAUCUUGGGCUUCUUGAGUGAACCCCAUAGCCCUACGGUUCCCAAUGGUGUCCCCAAACACAGAAAACGCUCUGGUCCCACAAAUUCUGAAAACCUUGAAAGCAGUUCAGCCAAGGAAAUUUGCCAAACAGAUUCCCCUAAAACACCAGCAUCCACCGGCUUAGCUAAUUUGGCCGUUUUAGUCUCAGGACGGGACUUGUCAAGUAAAGCCCAGACGGAGACUCUAAGCACCAACAAGCAAACGCAACCGUCUGCCCCAACAAGCACUAACAAACCAACACAACCGUCUGACCGGACGAGCACCAACAAACAAACACAACCGUCUGCUCCGACAAGUGCCAACAAACAAGCGCAACCGCCUACACCGACUACCACCACCACCACCACCUCCACCAACUCAGCUGGUGAGAAGCCAAAUGCAAGCACAGAACCUGAGAAGACCCGUGGGGCGUAUAAGCCAUUAAGUCUUUCCGAGGUGUGGGGAGUUGAUGAAGAUGAGGUCCGGAGAACACCAUCCCCUGCCGCAACGCAAGUCCCGAAACCGACCGCAGCCAACGAUGCUACCAACUCGGGUGCCGUAGCAAAACCAGCACAAACGUUGCAGAAAGAGGCUGCCGCCAAGCCCAAGCCAGUGAAACCGCUGCCGGAGCUGAAGGAGAACAUGAAGGUGUUGGGCAGGAGGCGGACCAAGACCUGGCACGAGGGAACCCUCGUUGAGAUCAGAACCACUGAAGGAGGCACUUCCAAAUAUAAAAUUCACUUUGGAGAGAAGGGCAAGAUGCUUCUAUCAGGGCACCAUGUGGCAUUUUUCAGCACACCAUCAUUAGACCACCUGAGUGUGGGGUGCCGUGUGGCUGCCACCUACACAGACGGGCUCAACACCUGGAUUAUGUCUGCGAGUCUCGCCGAGCUCCCGGACCGAAAGAACAAGAUGAGGUUCUUAAUGUUUUAUGAUGAUGGAAACGUUGAAUAUGUGACCCUUCCGGACAUGCACCUCAUUUACAAGCCAUUGGACAACGUUGGGGCGGACAUCGAGGACGAGGGGGUGAGGAAGUUUGUGCUGUCCACCCUCCACUCUGGCUACACGCCCACCAUUCUGGUGCUCCACAAAGAGGAGGCCCUUAAGGUGGAGCGACAUGGGGUGUGGGCGGACGCCGUCAUCACCGAAGUCGACUGCAGCCUGGUCAAGGUCAAAUUCAAGAGUGACGACCACUCAGAAAAGCUGUACAAAGGGUCUGAGCGCUUACACUACGUGUACAAAAUGAAACAGCGAGCGUUGGAGGCAAAACGCAAAGACAGCCCUGUCCAAAGGACUGAGACCCCCAGCAGAUUGCCCCCGAAGCCUCAGACAAAUCAUCCUUCCGCCCUCCCCACAACCACCAAUAGCACCCAAGCCACCACCACCUCCACCUCCAACACCUCAAAUAGGACCACCAGCACCACCAACAACAACAGUGGCACAAAGCAGACCACUACCACCACCACCACCACCACCUCAAAUCGUACCCCUACCCCUACUCCCACCCCCACCCCCACCACUACCUCAAAUCGUACCCCUACUCCCACCCCCACCCCCACCACUACCAUCCCCUCCAAGAGUAUUAGUUCCCCACAGGUUGCCCCUCCAGCCAUAUCGGAGACGGAGCGGCUAAUUCAGGAAAUCAAAUCGAACAGAAGGAGAGUCAAGGUUGUCAUCCACAAUAUGGACCCGAGCGAGAUCAUGCAUCUCUCCUCGACGUCGUGGGAUUCGGCUUAUAGUACUGCUUCUUCGGCUGCACCAUCACCUCCACCCCUUACACUGGAAAACCAUUCUCUGGCUCCCAUCACUAUCGGGCAUGGAACCAAACGUCCCCUGCCUUCGGAGUCCGAAACUCUGGGCUCCUGGCUGGGUGGCAGGACGUAUGGGCCCCAUCGGUGUUGCCCGUCGUGCCUGGAUGCCCACCGCCCCACGUCUCUCAACCCUCACCUGGGCAAGAAUCCUCUCCAGAUCCCCCAGCUCUUUGGGUUUCGGAGGAUAACAGGGCGCUACCGAGUCGACCACAGGGUGCUAUUUCACGUAUUCUACCGCUCGCCGUGUGGCCGCUGCCUCAACUCCAUGGAGCAGGUGCAGUACUUCCUGUUGAGCACGCACUGCGACUUCCUGUCCCUGGACAUGUUCUCCAUGGACCCGUACGUGCUGGUCAAGCGGGCCAAGCCUCCGGGACAGCAGCAGCUCUUCUUCUCCGUGCCAGACAUCUCCAACGGGGUCGAGUCGGUGCCCAUCCCUUGCAUCAACCAGGUCGACAACACCAUACCUCAGUUCGCCAACUACAUCACCCAGAGGAGGCCAGUCAAGGGGGUGCACAUCAACACUCAGACCAACUUCCUGGUGGGCUGUGACUGCACAGAUGGAUGUCUGGACAGGUCGAAGUGCUCCUGUCAUCAGCUGACGGUGGAUGCCACAGAGCUGUUCCCUGGAGGGCCUGUGGACUGCACUGCCGGAUACUCCUACAAGAGGCUGCCCAAAGCUCUGGACACAGGUGUGUACGAGUGUAACCCUCUGUGCCGCUGUGACCCGCGGAUGUGUGGCAACAGGGUGGUUCAGCACGGUCCCCAGCUGCGGCUGCAGAUGUUCAUGACGCAGCACAAGGGCUGGGGAAUACACUGCCAGGACGACGUCAGCAAAGGCACCUUCGUCUGCUGCUUCGCAGGUAACGUGGUGAGUGAUGAUAUUGCUAACGCUGAGGGCAAAGUGACAGGGGAUGAGUACUUUGCCAACCUGGAUUUCAUCGAGGGUGUGGAAAAGCUCAAGGAAGGCUACGAGAGCAGUGCCUACUGUUCGGAUAGUGAGGGGACCAGCACUAGCCCUGUCCAGCCCACGGCAGACUCGACAACAGGCGGAGAUUUCCAGAUGUCGGAUGAUGACGACAGUGAGGACGAUGAUGACAGUUCUGAUGCCGACUUUGAAGGCCUCCUCAGUGAUGAUGAUGAUGAUGAUGGCAGUUCGGACGGUAGCGUAGUGGCCUAUGAUGUGGAUGACAACAACACAAUCCAGAGGGAUUACAUCACGCGGCGAAACGCAAAGAUCCUGCAGGUGUCCGUGACGGAUAAGAGUCCAAGGAAAACCCGCUGCUUCGCAGUCAAGUCAUCCCAUCGCAAGGUGAAGAAGUCGGAGGGCCCCAAGCCAGAGUCCAAGCAGAACUCGGCCAAGCCAGAGUCCAAGCAGAACUCGGCCAAGCCAGAGCCCAAGCAGGACUCCACCACCAGAGGGAGCUCCACUAGAAAGCUCUUUGAUGGAGAGGAGUCCUGCUACAUCAUCGACGCACGGCAGCACGGUAACCUUGGACGCUACAUUAACCAUAGCUGCGAUCCCAAUUUGUUUGUUCAGAAUGUGUUUGUGGACACACAUGACCUCAGGUUCCCUUGGGUUGCUUUCUUCACCAGCAAACGUGUCAAGGCUGGAACAGAGCUCACAUGGGACUAUAACUAUGAAGUAGGGAGCGUGGAGGGAAAAUUACUUCUAUGCUGUUGUGGCUCUGAGCGCUGCACUGGACGCUUGCUGUAAAUUAACGGCUUCAUACAUUUUUUGUACCAUUAUUUUAAUGUCAUUUAUGUUUUUUUUUCUUUGUUUAUUUGUGAAUGUGUGCCUUUUCUAAUUAAAAAAAUAAUAAUGAAUAAAAGUAUGUGAAGUUUUUUAAAGACUUAAA